GGUUUGUCCAGCGCCCCGAACCCGCCCCUCUGCCCUCCCGCCCGUGCUGGGGGGCCUGAGGCUCCCACCGUCCGAGAGCCACCGCUCGCCUCUCAGCAGUGCGGCCCUUCGCGCCGCUGCAGGCCCGGCGCGCCCCCUCCUCAGGCUCCUGGGGGCUCGUAGCCGGACCGUUCCGCCUUAGCGGUUAUCGGACCAGAAACUGCCUAACGGAAACCUGGCUGGUGCAGCGCGGGCACGUGGGUUUGCCCUGCUGAAAAAACGGUUGUCACGCAGCUGCCAGCGAGGUGCGGCUGUCACCUCUCCUGGGCAGCCUCAACACGACCAGGAACGGACUCUGUCCCCGUGGUUCUCAUCCUGCUCUGUCCCACCCCCCCUGGAAGGAAGCCCAAGUCCUGUCUUCCUUCUUUAAGAGUGAGACAAUGACAAACACUGAAAGGAACCCCAGGCACCAAAUGAUUUCUCAACUGCACAGUUUUGCUGCUACUGGAGACAAGAUCAGGUUGACAGCGCUAUGCAGUCAUUCUCCAUCCCUUAUCAAUGAAGUUGCUGAGAAUGGUUGGACAGCCUUGAUGUAUGCUGCCAGAAAUGGACACUUUGAGAUUGUACAAAUUCUUCUUGAAAAAGGGUGUGACAGGUCCAUUGUCAAUAAAUCGAGCCAGACUGCACUAGACAUUGCUAAAUUUUGGGGGUAUAAGCAUAUAGCUAAUUUACUAGCAAAUGUUAAGGGUGGACAGAAGCCUUUUUUCCUGCCAAACGAUACAAUAGAGUAUGAAAAUUAUUUUAGCAGGACACUUCUGGAUAGAAGGAGUGAUAAAAGAACAGAUUCUAAAUGGUUAAACACAAAACAAAACCAUCCAGCCACAGUAUACAUCCUUUUCUCAAAUUUAAACCCAUUGGUCACUUUGAGUGGAGGGGAAGAUGGUUCCCAGCAGCCUGAAGUCAGGCUUUGCAGGCUGUGCCACAAGGAUGUAAAGGAAUACAUGAGCCAGACUGAAAAAGUCACCUUGAUUUUUCUUGGAGUAGAACUUCAGUUGGCUACUCUGAAUGGAGGAAUUCUGAAGGAAGAAGAAGAUGGACUAGUUGCUUGGUUUGCCCUCAGCAUAGAUUCUACCUUUGCUGAACAGUUUAAACAGAAGCAUGAAGACUGUUAUUUUCUUCAUCCUCCAAUGCCUGCUCUGCUGCAGUUGCCUGAAAAAGAAGCUGGAGUAGUAGCCCAGGCCAGAUCUGUUCUAGCAUGGCAUAACCGAUACCAAUUCUGUCCAACAUGUGGCAGUGCAACCAAGAUUGAAGAAGGAGGCUACAAGACGACCUGCUUAAAAGAAGACUGUCCCAGUCUUCAAGGUGUUCACAAUACAUCGUACCCAAGAGUUGAUCCUGUAGUGAUAAUGCAAGUCCUUCAUCCAGAUGGGAACCAGUGCCUUUUAGGCAGGCAGAAGAGGUUUCCUCCUGGCAUGUUUACCUGCCUUGCUGGAUUUGUAGAGCCUGGGGAAACAAUAGAAGAUGCUGUUCGAAGAGAAGUAGAGGAGGAAAGUGGAGUCAAAAUUGGCCAUGUUCAGUAUGUCUCUUGUCAACCAUGGCCAAUGCCCUCCUCCCUAAUGAUUGGUUGCUUAGCUGUUGCAGUGUCUACAGAAAUUAGAGUCGACAAGAAUGAAAUAGAGGAUGCCCGUUGGUUCACUAGAGAACAGGUCGUGGACGUUCUCAUUAAAGGAAACCAGCGUUCGUUCUUUGUGCCACCGAGUCGAGCUAUUGCACACCAGUUGAUAAAACACUGGAUUGGAAUGAAUGCUAAUCUUUAAAUUCAAGGAACUGAGUUAAUUGAGUUAAAUUACUGUUUCCAGUGACUGCUAAUGUAAAUAAAUUUGAAAUAAUUGGUCAUUUAGUGAAGUGGUGACCACAGUAGUUCUUGAGUUUCGUAGUCCUUUGACUACUGAGAUAUACUUGCACUCAGUGAUUCUUUUAAGAAAUUUGUUGGAGUGGGACAGUCACUCACUGAUUACCCCAAACAAAAAAGUCAACAUUAAAGAAUCAUUUUGAAGGUUUUUUUAUAAUCAGGUUAUUCUGCCCUUCACUAUCCCUCCUUUUAUUUUCCAGCACUUGUCUGAGCUCUUCUAGAUCUACUUUUUUUGUGUGAGACAUUAGGUUAAAAUCAGCCCUGGUGUAAGUUGUGACAACUCCGCUGAUUAUGCCUGCUAUGUCUGAGAUUCUUUUCCUCUGUGUUUACCUGUAAGUUUGUUGGUUGUUUUUCCUUUUUCUCUCCUGUUUCCUCUUUCUUGUUCUAUACCUUCCUCUUUUUCCCAUUUUUAUCCUCCCUCCCUUUUCCACGCUCCCCUCACUUUUGGCCGUUCGUCACUCCCCUCUACCCCAAGGAACACUUAGCAUUACAUUCUAGCAGCAAUAUUUGGAUUUAAUUCUAGAAGCUCUAUUAGCAACAGGUAUCACAUGCUGGUAGUACAUUCAUUACAAGCUAGGUGUGUAAUGCUUUUUAUAUCUUAUAUGAUUAGUGUUGCUGAUGCUAGAGUUUGAGCCAGCAAUCUUAUGUGGAUCCUGUCAACUCAUUAACAUAUUGUCCAAACAGUAUUUUAAAGGCCUUUUGCAAUAUUGUGUUUGCAAUAAAUGUGGGUGAGGAUGGCUGCUACAGAAGCCUAAAUAUUAGAUACUGUUAUAAGCAGCCACAGACUUGUUGACUGGUAGACAGCAAACAAGAUUGCAGUUGAUUGGCUUCUUUGGUCAGUGCAAAUUAGUCUAGAGACUUCAGAAGACAAGUAGAUUAAACUAGACAAAAAAGACACAAGAAUUAAUGACAUUUCAUCUAAAUACAAAAUAGUGUUUUUUAAAAUUUGAGACGUUAAGGAAUGCUGUUUAUAUAAGUAAUAUAUAAUCAAAAAUGUUAGGUAACUUAAAUAUACCAAAUCUAAAUGUAAUGAAGAGAAGACAGCAUUUUUAAACAAUAAAAUAUAAAUUUAUUGAUAUAUGUUUAACGUUAGUAAUUUACAGUACUGUUUCAGAUUUUGUGCCCCACCCCUUCUGAAACACCCUUAACACUUCAUACGCCUUUGGUCAGACAACACUCCUAGUAACAGCAAUAGCCGCUUAGGAGCAACAUAGAAAAAGGGCACCGAUACAUUGCUACUAGCAAGCAUCAUACUGGAAAGAUUUUUAUUUAAUAAACUGAUUACACAGAGAAUGUAGUGGUCUGAAGAGAAAUGCAAAUGACCUGAAGAAAUUGUAAUUAUAUAAGAUUCAAACAUAGAAAUAGUGUAUUGCUUUAUGGGAUUCACUUAUUCAGAGUAAAUUAGAUGUCUUUGUAGAAAAUGUGAGACCAAACUUGACGUAAGUGGCUCUUUCAUUGAUUAAAGAGUCUGAGGCCAACAGGAAUAUUUGUAUGGCCUCUUUCAAAUCCCAGUAGAAAUAAAUUUUCCUGUGCAUUGUUUGCAGUGCAAACACUGCAGUAUUUUACUAUUAUCAGAGUGGUUCUCAAACUGUGGUCCAGGCACCACUUCUGGUGGCUCACAGGGAGCUAACAAGUCAUAUGUUGCUGAUCUUUAUUCCAGUUGCAUCUUCUGUUGAAGAGCCUGGAUGUCUGUUAAAUCAUCUGGAAGAGAGGAGUGUGAGCUAGACUAUCUGCCUACACUAGGAGCUUCUGCUACACAAGUGGAGAGAAUAUAGGAAAUGCUUUCAGGGGCCCGAGCCACCAGUAGGACUGGAACCAAGUGUCACCUAUGGAACUGCUGCUCCUAUUGACAGGAGGGUGGAGAGAAGGGAAUCAGGUAGCAGCAUGUUCAGAGAAGCAAAAGAAUAAUAGGCAGCAUGUGAAGCAGAGAGGAGGACAAAGUGAUUAGGUAAGCAUGGGCAGGAGAAUGAUACUGGAGAGACUGGAAUAGAUGGGAGGGGGGAGAAGAAGUGAAGAGCAAAUGUAGACAUGGUAAAGACAAAUCACUUAUCACAUUAAGCAGCUAAAAAUAUGGAUGUACAGUCCUUUCCUAAUAAUAGUUUUUCAUGUUAGUUGCCAUAGGGAUAGAAUGAAUACUGAAGCUCAUAGGCGGGCAUCCACAAGACAAUCUCUUUCUUAAGAUGCAGACCACACUAUGAAAAAUUUGAGAAUCCAUGUACUACUGUAAAAGAACCUGAAAAACCCAUUAUUUUCUAGUCACUUACACUAUUUUUGUAUUUCUUCCCCCAAAGACAAUGAAAGGUAAAUUGUGAAAAACAAAGUAAUGAUUUAAUAAUCUUUCAGUUUUAAUCCUCUCUGGUUUUAUUUGUAACAUAUAAGGACAUUUAUUUUUUAAAAUAUUACAUUAUAUAAAUGUUAAACUGACAGGCCUUUUUAACCCUCUUCUCUACUACAUGUAAAUGACUAUCCCGUCUCUUCAUCCCAAAAGUUGUACAUUUCAAGAAGGUGCUGAUGUGUCAAAAAGGCUACAUUCACUCUAACUAAUUUAUCAAACAUGACUGGAAUGAAACAUUAAUACUUGUAUGUUAUUAUGGGAAAUAAAGGCUAUUUUAGCUAGCUAUU